UCAAUAGAUACAAUAAAUACAUGAAAAGAUAUAUUGUUUUUAGUGUUUUUGUAAUACUUUAUCAAUAUAUAAACAAACUCUGAUUACAUUUAGGUCACUGUAUUUGAGGUUUAUGGAUAGUUCUAAACAAUUCGUAGCCUUCUUACAUUGUAGUUUUUCCAACAAAGCCAAUCAAAAUAGCAUGCUUAUUGCAUUCAGAUAAACCACAAAUAGGUAAUACAUUAGCUAUUCUCCAGUGCGCUGCUUGGAGAAUCCAAGCAUGGGUUGACUUCCAUCCUAUUGCCAGAGACUGAGUUGCUAGAACUUUCUUGGCCACGCCUCCUCUGCUCGGCUGAGCUCCAGUUUUCCAACUCAGUCCAGCCAAGAGACGUGGAAAAGUUUGCUCCAGUAAUUCAGCUCUAAGCAAGGAUCACACUUGGAUUCUUCAAAAUAAGAGUCUAGUCAGGGGAGCAGGCAGAGGAAGAUUUCAGUUGUUUCAGGGCUUUUACUCACCAAAUUCAAUCUGCACGUUGCGGGUGAGUGUGCUGGUCGCCCCUGGCAAGACCGCCACUGCCCAGAAGACCUUGGAUUGGAGGCAGCAAAUCUGGGGCCAACUCUUUCUUCGGAGAUCCCCCCGUGAGUGCAGAAGCCGGCUCCUCCACCAUUAUCGCUGCUGGUGAGUGAGUGAGCUGGUUUACCGGUCCACCGGCACAACUGCCACCACCCUUUUCAAUCUCCAGUCUUGGGGGGCGGCUCCAGGGUCACUGUCCGGCUCGUGCAGUCAUACUCUGAAGUUUUCAGUUUUGAUUUGGCCGCGCAGCCCUGGGAGAGCCGGAAUCGCCAUUCUCACGUCAUUUUGAAUCAGCUGUGAGGCACGGUUUGGAGUGAGGCGCAGUGGCGCUACCCCUUUUGCGCUCAGGAACAUAUCUGGUUGCUUGCUGGCUUUGCUUCUGCAAACAGUGCUAGGAGAUCAGGGCAUUCUAUCUUGCACCAGUUUUUGGGUGCAGCUGGGGAGUGCGGCCGGAUUUGCAGUGCUCCAUCGGAGCCCCCAGUGGGAAUGACGGGAGGCUUUACAGUGUAGACCCAGAUCUUGAGGAGCUCCUCCAAUUACCAACAAUGGAUGCUCCGGUGGCAACUCUUACAUCAUUGGCCAUCUUGCCCGCUGACAUUGCUGAGAGAUUAAAGGCAGAGGAUAAGAAAGUGGAAUUGGUCCUCCGCAAGACGCAUCAGGCGGCUGCCUGGCCAAUCAGAUCAGCAACAGCAGCUUCCUUCUUUAAUCAAGCUUCCUUGAUCUGGCUUUGCCAGAUGCAAGCUAGGCUUCCUCCUGAAGAAACCAGGCUGCAUCAGGAUGUUAACAAAUUGAUGGCAGCUACUAAGUUUUCGGCCGAUGCUACGCUCAACGCGGCUAAAUUUGCUCUAGAGCUCUGGCUUCUGUUACAUUGCGUCGCCUGCUUUGGCUCUGCCACUGGCAGGGAGACAUGCACUCCAAAUGGAGGUUGGCUUCAGCUCCCUACAAAGGAGCCAAUGUAUUUGGGGAGGCAUUAGAUCCUAUCCUUAUAGUGAAUAAGGACAAAAGGAAGAUCAUGCUCUACAUGACCAGGAGAGCGGACCGUAGGCCUUCGCCUUGUUACCAAAGGCAGCCAUUUCGAUCGGCCGACUCUGGUCCUAGCACCCCACAGUUUCAGUGGUCCUAUUCCCAGGGACACGAAAGGUUUCCAGAUAGAUCUACCUAUCGUGACGGGGAGAAGGCAACUUCCGGCCAAGCAGCCCUUUCGAGGGUCCAGCAGUAGGCCAUUUUGUCAAGGAAAAUGACUACCAUUCCAACCUCCCCAUUGGUGAUUGACUGCAAUUUUUUACAUGCCAAUGGGAAAGGACCGCAACAGACACAUGGGUCCUACAGACAGUGCGACUGGGACUCGCAGUGGAAUUCCUCUCCAACCCUCCAAACCGCUUCAUCCAUUGUCCAGUCUCCAUGAACAUUGCAAAAAGAAACUUGAUGGAAGCCGAGAUCCAACAUUUGUUAGAUAUCCACGGCAUUGAACCGGUUCCCAAAGGUCAGGAGGGACUGGGGUUUUAUUCCAUCCUCUUCCUCAUGAAGAAGGGUUUGGGGGGCUGGAGAGGUAUUUUAGAUUUCAAAAAGCUCAACGCUUAUGUGGUGUACAAACGCUUCAAGAUGCAGUCCCUUCAAUCCAUCUUGGGCUGCAAUAGAGAAGGCGACCUGUUAACAUCGAUAGACCUCAAGGAAGCCUACCUACAUGUCCCCAUUCGUCCUUCCCAUCUAAGGUUCCUGCGGUUCUCAUACACAGGACAUUACUUUCAAUACCGGGCCCUGCCAUUUGGUCUGUCGUCGGCCCCCAGGACCUUCACGAAGUUGUUGGCAGCGGUGGCAGGAAACAUCAGAGCACUUCCAGUAAGGUUACAGUGCUAUCUAAUUGACAUUUUGAGAGUCAAUCUCACUAUCUCGAGUUGAACAGCAUCUCCAGACCGUAAUACGGACUCUUCAAGACCACAGAUUUUCUGUAAAUACAGAAAAGAGCCAUCUGGUUCCCACCACCCACCUUCUACAUUUGGGCACAGUGAUAGACUCCAAAUCAUGCGAAAUAUACCUUUCUCCGGAUCGCCAGGAAAGUAUAAAGUCCUUAGUGGACCGGAUCCGGUGUCUACGGUCAGUAUCUUUGGAUCUCCUCUCACAGCUCCUGGGGAGGAUGAUCUCUUGCAUAACGAUCGUGCCAUGGGCACCACUGCAUGCCAGGAUGCUCCAGUGGUUUCUUCUGCCCCAUCAGAGGGCCGGAAACAGCCACUGAAGAUCCUCCGCUCCUUCCACUGAUGGACAUCAUGAGCCAUAAGGAAGGGAUGCGCCUUCAAGGAGCCCCAACGCAUCACUCUUAACAUCAGACACAACCCUCUUUGGCUGGGGCGCCAAUCCCAGGUGGUCCAGGGACGGUGGUCUCUGGCAGACCUCAAGAACAAUAUAAAUUGGCUAGAGCUCCGGGCAGUCCACCUGGUCCUACGUCAUUUCCAGGAAGCAGUGGCAGGACACCAUGUUCUAAUCUUAACAGACAAUGUGGCCGCCAAGGCUCACAUAAAUCAGGAGGGGGGCACACACUCCAAAUCUCUCACGACAGAGACGGAGAAGUUAGGGCUCUGGGCGGAGAGACACACGCUGUCCAUCAGAGCAGAGCGUAUAUCUGGGAUAACAAAUAUACAGGCAGAUUGGUUGAGCAGGACGACAAUAGACCAAUCAGAGUGGUGCCUGCAUACGGAUCUCUUCAACAAACUGUGUGAGAGAUUAGGCCACCCGAUAGUGGAUUUAUUUGCUCACUCGAUGAACACCCGGUUGCCGUGGUUCUUUUCCAGGUUCGCAACACCAGAGGUGGAAGGGGUCAAUGUUCUCUGCAGUCCUUGGCCUCAGGAUCUGCUCUACGUUUUCCUCCAAUUCCCCUCAUCCCAAGGGUCAUCAGGAAGGUGUUAGAGGAAAAGGCGGAGAUUCUUUUUCUCACCCCACAUUGCCCCAGACUCCCCUGGUAUGCCGAUCUGGUCAGCCUCUCAGUCUCCCGUCCCUGGAGAAUUCCCCGGGACAAGAUUUCCCUCAACCAGGGGGUCGUGGUCCAUCCGGAGCCUCAGUGGCUCCAGUUGACCAUCUGGCACUUGAGAGGAACCUCCUGAGGAGAGACAAGCUCUCUGGGAAAGUGAUUCAGACCAUCCAGGCUUCCAGACGGCCCUCAACAAAUAGGAUUUACAAUGCAACUUGGUCAGCUUUCUGUCAAUGGUGUUCUAAGGGACACAUUGACCUAUUAGUGGCAUCGGUCCCAGAGAUACUGGACCUUCUGCAAAUCGGAUUGGACAGGGGUCUGUUUCCCAACACCCUUAGGAGACAGGUGGCAGCUUUGUCCACAGUAUUGACCUGUGAGAAUCUGCAACCCCUCACUCACCAUCCAAGGAUCGGCAGCUUUCUCAAAGGGGUUGCUAACCUGAAGCCUCCGGUGGUGCAUCGUUAUCCCACGUGGGACCUGGCCUUAGUGCUCCAGGCACUUACUUCCACACCAUUUGAGUCGUUGAGGACCUCUAGCCUCUGGUACUUGACCCUUAAGGUCGCCUUCUUCGUGGCCAUAACUUCAGCCAGGAGGAUCUCAGAAUUAGCGGCCUUAUCAGUACAUGAGGAUCUUUGUAUUUUCCAUUCAGACAGGUUGGUUCUGCGUUUAAAUCCCUCCUUUCUGCCCAAGAUGAACUGGUUCCAUAGGGCCCAGGAGAUCAUUUUGCCCGAUUUUUGUCUGGGACCUAAUCAUCCCUUAGAAGAAUGAUGGCACACAUUGGACAUCAGGAGGGCUCUUCACAGAUACAUCAAAAGAACUGCAUUUUUCAAUGUUCAAAUCAAAUAUCUUUAUUAUGUUCUUUGACCAUCCUUUACAAUUUAAAAAAUACACUAAAAGAAAGAAUGGUUUAAUAGAACAAUCAGUUGUUAGGGAAGGGGAAAAACAAUGGGAUAAUAAAACAGCAUGUCUUAUUUAAAAAAAACUGCAGUUAUGUGACUUGGUGAAAAAAUGGCCACCUAAUGAGUUAGUGUUCCUUAAAAAAUAAUAAUCAUAAAAUUUAUCUGUAUGGCCCACACAUUUAUAAAUGAUUGGUGUAAUCAAAGCAAGUCUUGAGGCAUUGUGCAAGGGGCACCGUAUGAGAAGUAGCUGGGAGUUUCUGCUUCCCUAGAACUACAAAGGCAAAGUCUCUGUGAAUAAGGGUCCUGGGAAUUCUUCCCUCCAGUAGGGCUCAUGGAAAGGCAUCAAAACGUGCAUGUUCUAAAAAAGGCACAUCUGUGAGCCGCAGUGGCGCAGUGAUUAGAAUGCAGUACUGCAGGCUACUUCUGCUGAUCACUGGCUGCCAGCAGUUUGGCAGUUCGGGUCUCACCGGGCUCAAGGUUGACUUAGCCUUCCAUCCUUCCGAGGUGGGUAAAAUGAGGACCCAGAUUGUUGGGGGCAAUAUGCUGACUCUGUAAAGCAGUGUGAAGCGGUAUAUAAGUCUAAGUGCUAUUGCUAUUUGCUUUACUUUCACAGUGAUAUCAUUUUAUUGAUGUGUCUCUAAUUCACACUUUUACUAUUGAUUUGGCCUUCUCCAAAUCAGGGUUAAUUGCUCUACAUAUUCAGGAGAGAGGCCAAGACAGCAGAGUUCUAUGCAGGUACAGUGCCAAUGGAAUUGGUAAUUGUCUGACAGCAAAGGCAUCAGGCCUAUAGGCUCAAACAUGAUUCUAAGACCUGAGGUAAGGAUCCUGGUCCAGGCUUGAGCCUUAAUACUUGGCACAUUGGCUUCAAGCCUCGGUACUUCAUUGGGAUGCAUUUUGGGGUGCCAAACAAGAUCUUGAGAAAAUUUGAUUGGACGGCUUCAUAAGCCUUCAAGUUUAUGUAUGGCCCAAAUUGUAUACCAUAUAAUAGUUGGGCAGCUGUUUUAGCGGUAAACUGUAACUGCUGCUGGGAUAUAAUUUGCCCCUUGUUGUCUAUGAACUGUAAUUAUUGCUUGUAUGCUCUUUUGGGCAGUAGAAGAGAGAUAAUUUGCACCUGGACAGUUAAUUUUCUUGAGGCCUAUGCCCAAGUGUUUAAAACGGGGGUGUCAAACCCAAUUGCAUCAUGGGCUGUAUUGUGACGUAUCAUAAUGUUUUUUGCCUUUGUGGAGCUGGGCUGGCCCAAGGGCUACCAGUUUGACAGGCCUGAUUUAAAGCAUUAGGCAAAUACUAUGCCCAAGUGUUUAAAGCAUUUCACCUUUAUCUGGAGGAUCUGCUCAGGGUGUCCCAAAG